AUGAGCACCAAAGGCAUCAAUGGCGAUGACACAAGGUUCUUGAUAUGGACUGGGAAGAUGAUUGACAUGGAGAGGUAUAACCAAGGAGGGGAGACCCUCUAUAUUCGGAUCAACAAAUCAAGCGGUGACAUGACAAAGACCAAAACCCUAGAAAUUGCACUGCCAGCUGUGACAAACAAACAAGGAAGUACAGACAUCCGGAAUAGACUGAUGCUAGGAGAUAUGAGCACUGCUAAUGAAGUUGCUGGUGAAAGUGUAGAAUUGCCAUUAUAUAGCUUCAGAGAAAUUUCCACUGCAACAAAUAAUUUUGCUGAUUCCACCAUACUUGGACAAGGAGGAUUUGGUACUGUUUACAAGGGGACAUUGGGAGAUAAGGAAAUCUCUAUGAAAAGGCUUUGCAAAGGUUCUGCCCAAGGGGCAGUAGAAUUCAAAAAUGAAGUAGCUCUGAUUGCCAGGUUGCAGCACAGAAACUUAGUUAAACUUCUAGGUCACUGCAUUCAUGCAAAUGAAAAACUAUUCAUUUCCGAAUACCUUCCUAACAAAAGUUUGGAUGUCUUCCUGUUCAGUGCUGCAAGAAAAUCACUGCUUGAUUGGCCCACAAGAUUCAUGAUAAUCAAAGGUGUAGCUAGAGGCCUUGUUUAUCUCCACCAAGAUUCAAGAUUGACAGUAAUUCAUAGAGAUCUCAAAGCAGGCAAUGUGUUGUUGGAUGCUGAAAUGAACCCCAAAAUAUCUGACUUUGGUGUAGCCAGGAGUUUCAGUGUCAACGAACAACAAUCAAGUACCAGUCGGGUCGUUGGAACAUUCUUUGGUGUCAUGCUUCUGGAGAUUGUGAGUGGCUCAAAGGUCAGCUCGACAGGCCCAGUCACAGGCUCAUCCAACCUUAUAGCUUACGCAUGGAGAUUAUGGAAGGAUGGAAACAUGCGGAACUUGGUUGAUCCAUCGAUUGUUGAGAGCUGUUCACUUGGCGAAAGUCUACGAUGUAUCCACAUCGGACUCCUGUUGGUGCAAGACAACCCAAAUGCUCGUCCACUAAUGCCAUGGGUGGUCUCGAGCCUCGAUAACGAAGGCAUAGAGCUCCCACAGCCUAGGGAGCCUGUAUACUUUGCAAGGAGGCAUUCUGAAACUGGUGGAGCAGGAGCAGGACAAAGCUACGUAAGUGAUUUGAGCCUCGGAACACUGGAGGGGCGCUAG